AAUAGUCUUGGUACAUACCAACUUGAGGUUAGAGUUGAUAAGUGCCGCAGUGUGUCUGGAUGUCGUUUGGUUUUUAAAUAGUCGUAGCUGAAGGUGGGAAAUUAGUUUUACAUAGACGCAAAGAUGGCAUCAGAUUCGGGCUACGGGCAGCCUGGAGCUCAACAAAGUUAUGGCUCUUACGGAAGUCAAGGCUAUCAACAGAGUGGACAGCAGGGCUAUGGCCAAGGGAAUGGAGCUGCCUCUUAUGGUGGACAGAGCUAUGCUGGUUAUGGUCAGACCGAAGGGUUUGGCCAACAGUCCCAGGGUUACUCCUCAGGAGGCUAUGGGCAACAGCAGCCCCCUCCGCCACCACCACAGCAGCCAAGCUACGACUCCUACGGGCAACAGGGCACCGACCCCCCGGCCGGGUUCAGUGACAAGUCCUCUUACGGGCAGCCGGCCAGUGGAGGCUAUAGUCAACCGUCGGCCGGGGGGGCCUAUGGCCAGCCGUCAGGAGGCAGCUACGGGCAACCGUCUGCCACCAGCUAUGGUCAAUCUGGAGCAGGAGCAGGCUAUGGCCAACAGUCAGGUGGUUAUGGCCAAUCUCAUGGAAGGAGGACCGAGGGUGAGAGCAGACGGUACGGGGACGACAGUGGUUCCGACCGCUCUGAAGGCUACCGGGGGAGGGGCCGUGGUGGCUACGAUCGCGGCGGUUACGACCGCGGAGGCUACGACCGCGGCGGAAGAGGUGGCCCCCCUUCUGGUAUGGGAGGUGGUGACCGUGGUGGCUUCAAAAAUUACGGUGGACCCCGAGACUACGGCCAACGGGAAGACUCUGGUGGAGACAACUCGGACAACUCUGACAACAACACCAUCUUUGUUCAAGGCCUGGGAGAAGACGUCACCGUUCAGGAAGUGGCCGACUACUUCAAGCAGAUAGGCAUCAUCAAGUUGAAUAAGAAGACGGGCCAGCCUAUGAUCAACCUCUACACAGACAAGGCCACAGGAAAGCUGAAAGGAGAAGCCACCGUCUCUUAUGAAGACCCACCCUCUGCCAAAGCUGCCAUUGACUGGUUUGACGGAAAGGAGUUCCAAGGUAAAGCCAUCAAGGUCUCGUUUGCCACCCGAAGGGCAGAAUUUGCAUCUGGCCGAGGAGCUGCGGUGGGUGGCGGCGGCGCCGGUGGAGGUGGCAGGGGACGUGGAGGGUUCAGAGGUCGCGGUGGCUUCGGUGGUGGCGGCGGCGGCGGACCCAGCUUUGACGUGAAAGGUGGAGACUGGCCCUGUCCCAACAGCUCCUGCGGCAACAUGAACUUCGCUCGUCGUCAGGAGUGCAACAAGUGUGGCGCACCCAAGCCUGGAGACAGCUACGGAGGAGACCGAGGAGGUGGCGGUGGCAGGGGAGGCUACGGCGGUGAUCGUGGCGGAGGCUUCAGGGGCCGCGGCGGUGGCGGUGGCUUCCGGGGCGGAGACCGUGGAGAUCGCGGCGGUGGCGGCUACAAAAUGGGAGGAAGGGGAGAGCACAGGGAAGACAGAAGAGACCGGCCAUACUAAAGAUUCUCCCAGAACACCUCUCCAGUGGUCUGGGGUCGUCGCCAGGGUGAACGAGGAAGGGGUCAUGGGUUGGCAGGGAGGGCAGGGGGGGUGGGGUGGGGGGUCACGUCCACGUCUGCGGUUUGCAUACCUUUCAUUGCCAGCGCGUCCUAUUGAUGAACUGUUCCUGUGCGGUCCUGCGGAAGAAGUGUCGAUGUUUGUCUACUGUGAGGGGGUCUGCUGGGGGGUGCCUGGGGUAAGGUGAAGGGAGGGGCAUGGCCAGAGGUUAUUUUUGUUACUUUGAAUUAUUGUUUUUUUUUUUUCUUUCCCCUCCCCUAUUUCCCCUGAUUGUAGUAGGUUUUGACAUUUUUGAGCUUGACAUAGACUUGUACCAGACUUCAUAUCAUUGUUUUGUAAGAUUAAACUGAUCUGUUUUACUUUACUUUUUUUUUUUUUUUUUUUGUUCCUUUUUUGUUUUUCUUUUUUCAAAUGAUAUUAAACACCAUUCUGAUCUUAA